GGUGGAGCAAUUGGGAGUUCGCACUCAUGGCUUUUAGCUCCUGAGAUUGCCGCGCGGGGUAGCAGUGGGUUUGCUGGAGCGCUCAGCAAGGAUCCUUCACUCCUCAAGGGCAACUCUCUUGUGCAAGAAGUCAGUUGAACUGACACGCGCUGCGACAAAAUUCGAGAUGUCAGCGAGAGAAGGUAAUCAGGACCCCGGGUUACGGGCGUAUCUCGCGACUCUCGAGGCGAGUUCCAGGACACAUCCUCGUUACAACUGGCUAAAAGGCUACUUCCAACAAGACCCCGAGUUCGAAAAGGAAAGAUUGUAUCCGUUUGUGCCUGGACGAACGCGUACGAUUGUGGCGAACUUCUUUGAACCACCUAUACCACCCACUAUUUCGUGUCCCGCAACUCUGGAGGAGCUCGACCAGACUCUUUCUACCAGAUCGUCAGAAGCUGCGGUGCGACUCAUCUUCGUGACUGCCAUAAGUGGCGUUGAUGAACAGGUUCGAAUUGCGCAAUUGUUGGGAACCGCUAGGGGUCGUAAUUUGCGGGAAAGACUCAGUUCAGAUGAGCUCGCACCUGUCGUGACCAGGGCGCGCACUGCCGGGGACUCAACGACUCUUCUGCAUCCGUUCCAUGGCCAUAGCUCUUAUUUACCGGAUCCCAAGGUCUUGAGCCGCAUUGCAGCAGCGACGAAGGUCGAGCCGGGGAUAUUGCUCCGGCACCUGGAUCAGCAGGAGCACUUGGUCUACAGGUCCCAUACAUGGACGAGACAUGAAACGCAAGCUGAUGAGAAUACCGGAAGGUGGCUGGAUUUCAGUCUUGGAGUGGAUCAACAAAACUUCAUCACGGCGGCAAUGCUCACCAAGACGUUAGGUCAUCUGAGAGGGACGAAUAAAUACCGGCAUACCUUACUCAUGCUAGCGACUGAGGAUAAUUGCCUUGGUAUCGACUUCAAUAAAUUCGCUUCAGCGCUUGACCAACCGGCUGUGUCCUAUGAUGGCACGCCCCACCAGGCAUUCGAAGCUAUACUUCGAUUCAUGAGUGAGGAGAAACUGAGGAGUAUUCUGGUCAAUCCCCUAGGCUUGGUCUGGGAUUAUACUGCUGGCUUGUCGAAAGCAUUUGCUUGCCAAGUAGAGCUUUACCGCCGCAAAUGGAUUUGUCUGUACGAACCAUACGCCAACACUUCGGCCGUGUACGGGGAUGCAGAGAGCCGAGACCAUGUUCGCAAAGAGGCAAAGCUAUUGUCGAGGCAUCUUCAAUACCUGCACCAGUCGUUGUCGAAUCUAAGGCAGAUCAUGGCUGGAACUCAGAGAAACUCGCGCCCAGGCAUCAAAAUUGAGACAAACGAAACCGUCCGUGCAUUUAAGGACGUAUCCAGACUGCUCGAACCUCUCAAGUCGGCGUAUGACAAUUUCAUUGAACAACAGCGUCUGUCUUAUCUUGGGUUUGUGUUCGCACCACUGAGCCUUGCAAGCUCUUUCUUUUCCAUCAAUAUCCGACCACUUGGAGGGCAGGCUUCGCUCUGGUCAUUCGUCGUCACCUCCAUGUCUACCUUGUGUCUAUCAAUUCUGGUCUUGUUGUCCUUGAACAGCCGAAUUCACCAGAAGGUGUUUCGAAGCAGUCAAAGUGGGCAGCCGAGAUUUGUAUCAGGCCAUGCACGAAGCAAGGAGCCAGGUCUCCCAGAGACCAAGACCAUGCAUCCAUCUCCAAAUCUGCAGAAACAGGACAUUGAGACUGGCCAGCCUUUGUCUGAACUUGUGAGCCAUAUGACGGGGCAGACUGCAGCCCCGUCGCAGCUUGCUGCCGGGGUAGAGCCCUCCAGUGCAUGGGCACCGGCACGAAAGCCAGCUAGAAUCCCUCCGAACGACAGUGAAAGAUCGUGGGAGUGGGAAAGGCUAUGGGGUCGGGAAAACCAAAUCACAGUUCCUCACGCACCACCUGUCCGCAUAGAAUAUGCCGAUCCCCCCUACAGAGGCACCAUAUCUAAUGUUAUCACGGCCGUCUCGGCCCAACGACCUUCAAGCCAGCUGGAACGAUUGGUGUACACAAUGCCGCCGCCGCCAAACAUCUCGCUAUCUGUGUCAUCCAACGCAUCAAAAUCAAGUUGUACCUCUAAACGGACUGAAAAAUCUCUGCAGCCGGUGAACAGUAAUGAAUAUAUCCCUAAGGCUAAGCGUGCUCUCUCUAGUGAAGGGGGAAGCAUUACAAAUGAUCGAGUCUUGGAUAUGACUCCUUGUACUGUCGUCAAAUCAACUCCGCAGGUUAUAUCUUUGGCCUCGAAAAGCUCAACGAGCAACCGGAGUAAUGACAACGCGGUACUCCGGAAGAUGGAGGAUGGGCCAGUGGAAAUUGGUGAUACCGAGCAGAAUCAAGAGAAUCCCGAUACUAGCACUUUUGCUUUCGGUAUGGCUCAGAUGUGGAAAUCCUCCCACCCCGAUGACGGAAGAAAAUGGUGGCCAGGCGAUGAGGAAGUCUCCAUGUUUAUCAUGCUGAAGAGACUGUGUGAGGAGAGAGAUGCAGCCGAGAUCAAGCGAACUGUAUCUCUUAGGCCAUGGUGGAGGUCUAACUUGAAAUUCGACAUCAUUUACGGCCUGGCUCUUGUGGAAGCAGCAUGCCACUUGUUAAUAGAUGCCUUGCCGGUUUUUUACAGCGCCAUUAAAAACCGAAAGAUUCGCAUCGAAUGCCUGGCCACCGCGCUAGGCAUGACUAUUGGCGACAGUGAAGGUCAUCUCGCAACAUUGCAGUGGUUGGGAAUCAGAGGCGUCCGACUAAAUAUUUGAGGCCGCACGACUUCUUCUCGACUUGGAUGCAAAUCCGAACAGUACAACAGCGGAAGAUG